AAGAAAUUCUAGAAUUAUAGUUUAUGUUUUGAAAGACCCUCAACUUUUGUGGUAUUUCUUUGGCACAAAAGUGUGAUUGUUUGGACCAAGCAGAAUUAUUGCUAGUUGGGAAUAAAGGGUCAAAAUGCUGUGCUUUUGGUGCUUGAAAAUGGGUAUUAACGAUUUACAAUAGUUGUGAGUAUGAGAUGGAGUAGGAAUGAUGGGCAAUUGUGUUUUACCCCCUUUUGUGUCUUCUUUUUUUAGCUUUUUGGUUUUGCUUCUUUGUCCCCUUUAAUGUUUUAAUAGUGUGUAAUAACAACGUCAUUUCGUUUUCUAUUUGUCAUCGAGAGUGCAAUCGCAGGGAUUGAUGGUGUUUGGAUGGGGCAUGCUCUUGGAAAAUAUGUACAAGAACCAACUGCAAGAGUUGGCUCAAAGAAGUUGCUUUAAUCUGCCGUCUUAUUCAUGCAUCCGAGAAGGACCUGAUCAUGCUCCUCGGUUUAAAGCUACUGUCAAUUUUAAUGGAGAGACUUUCGAAAGCCCUACAUUUUGCUCUACUUUGAGACAAGCCGAACAUGCUGCAGCUGAAGUAGCUCUAAAUACCCUUGCCAACAGAGGCCCUUCCAAAGCAUUGGCUGCUAGAAUUUUGUUAUUGAUUAUUCAUUUCAGGAAAAAAAAGAAGCUAAACUCUUUAGAGUUUAUCUCUACUGCACAGGAUGAAACUGGUGUCUAUAAGAAUUUGCUUCAAGAGACUGCUCAUAGAGCUGGUUUAAAUCUUCCAGUCUACACAACUAUUCGAUCUGGACCAGGCCAUGUUCCUACCUUUUCAUGCAUGGUUGAACUCGGAGGGAUGAGCUUUACUGGGGAACCAGCUAGGACAAAGAAACAAGCACAGAAGAAUGCGGCAAUGUCUGCAUGGUCUGCUUUGAGAAAGUUGUCUAGGUAUGGUUCAUCUUCAUCUUCACCACCUUCCUUGGAGUCUCAAGGAAGAGAAGAACAAGUGCAAGCUGUCAUUGCUCGUUUUCUUUCAUCAUUACAACCAUCAGAAUCAAAGCAGUGUUUGCAAUAUGAUUGCCAGUAUCGAAAGUCUAGAUCAAUUCCUGUAUUUAUAGACCUAACCCAAUCAACCCCGAACCUAUACUCAAUGCAGAGUCAAAGUUGGCCUUACCCUUUCUCACCUGAAAUAUCUGUUCCUAUAUACCAAAUAUGGCAGCAAGAACAUUUAAUGCAGCUGCAAAACCACCUGUUUACAUUCCCUGUUCCUCCGGUUCCUCUGCCAAGACCUCAGAUUCUUCCAUAUAUGCAGUCAAUUUUACAACCAGGUCGUCACCCGCCCUUUCAAGUUCGAGACCAAGAAUCUAAUGUUACUACACCCAGACUAGCAAUUGCUACCUCAUGCCCUCCUCUUUAUCUCUCUAAUCCCUCCACUUCUCAACCAUUGAUUGGUAGAUCUACUGUGACCAUUCAAGAGAUACACGAGGAGAUAAAAGAAGAAGCAUCCAAAUACACUCCCUCUGAUGUCGUUCCCAGUCAAUUUAAUGUUGAAAUAUCUGUUCAUGAAACGAAACAGGAUGUUUGCAAGCAGAAGUAUGUUAAGUUGGCAAGCAAAGUCGAAAACGAUCAUAGGAAAUCAGGUGCUGGUUCCCAACAUGCUGUUGAAUCUAAUCUUAGACCACACUAUUCUUCAAGAGCAAGUUACUAUAGAAAUUCUCGACCGCCAUCCUCCGAAGCAGUGCCUAUGCUGAUCAGAACAAUGAGCCCUGUUUCUUCCACAAGACUGAACACUCAAAAGCCGACAUUAACUCAAGUGCCUGUCCCGCCAAGAAUGAGAACAGGAGCUCCACCAUUUUCAACCAGACCCAGGUUCGAAAGAACGAACCUUGGUGGUAUGUGUCCCACUUCCAUGGCACCACCAGUUAGAAUAAGAUCAGUUGUACCAGUGUGCUCGGCUCCACCACCACGAAAAACACCAAGUUUCAACCAGGACAAAGUCAAGAAAGAUAAUGUUUCAGAGGAUGUUUCAACUGCAACUUCGGAACUCAAUAAGCUUAGCAUGUAGAGGAAGAGCUGUUUCAUCUUUUCUUGAAGUAGUUAGAAUAAAUAAAAUAGGAGCUUGCUAAUAUCUGUAUAAAACUGAAAAUUCAUAUUUUUAAUUUAAGAUUGGCUCUAAUUACUAUAAUAA